GGAAGUGGUGGCGACUUGGAGUAGGGGUUUUAGGGGGCUCAGUUAGCCCUGGUUUAAGCCAAACUCUGAGACCCCGGGAAAGGAGAAGGCGAGACGGACGAGGAAUGGGCCUCUGCACAGGGCCGUAACGGGCGCAUAGAGGUUCGCAGGGUGGGAAGGCCAAGUGGAGAGCGGAUCUGCUGCCAGCGCGCGCUCCUCCGCCUGCAAGAUGAGCUCCAAAGGCAAGAAACGCGUUGUGCUGCCCACGCGCCCCGCGCCGCCCACGGUGGAGCAGAUCCUGGAGGACGUGCGAGGGGCGCCCCCCAACGAUCCUGUUUUCACCGCCCUGGCCCCAGAAGAACCCCCAGAUCUAUCUCCAAGGGCCGAGGACCCUGAGGCCCAGCUCGAGCAACUCUACCAACAAAGCCGGGCCUAUGUGGCCAUGAACGAGAGGCUGCUGCAGGCAGGGGACACACUGAGGCAGAAGUUCGAGGACCUUCGGCAGGCUGAUAAGAGGCUAGAACAGGAUGUUAGCCAGGUGACCUCAGCCACCUCCUAGAGAUGAGGCUACACCUGAGGCCGUCCGUCCAGCGCCGGGCACCUUGGCAGGCUUUGAGCCUUUGUUCCCUCUUCCAUCCUUGAUGGCCUCCAAGUUGGGGUGGGACUUAUGGACAUGGUCACCUCCUCAAUUACGGGGGCAUCAGCCUGGAUGGCGUCUAGGACUUGGCGGAGGUCGGGGCUCAGAACCAACAUGCCCCACAGUGGCCAUCCCUCUGCUCCUACUUCCACCUCAUGUCGGCCUGGACAGCGAGGGUCUCCAUCCCCAGCAUCCGCAGCAGGCCAGAACCUGUAUGUCCAGCCUCACCGUGGUUGGCUGCCUCCUUCUGGCUUGGGUCCUGCAGGGUCCUGCCGUCUUGCCUGUUCUCUGGUCUCAUCUCCUUGGGGCGGAGGGAACUUGGCUAGGGGGUUUUCAUUCUGGGGAGUCCAGGAGUACGGGAGGAGCCCAAAGGCGGGGUGACAGUGCCCAGAUCCCUGCGGGGGCCUGUGUCCUGCAGGCUCAGCUGGGCACCCACAGGACCCCUCUGUGGUGGACGUUACCCUCUGGAUGGGGCUUCAGUUGACCUUGCUGACCCGCUGCUCUGGCGUGAGCAGGCUUUGUUUUUGGAAAAUCAGAGAGUUGAUUCUGGGUCUCACUCCCCCCUCCCCCCAGUGAGCUGGACCCUGGAUCACUGGGGCCUAAGUCCACUCCAGCCCCUAUGCGCCUUAGGCGCUGGCCACCCCACACGCUUCCUCACGUCCCCAGCUGACUGGGACUGUGUUUGUCCGAAAUGGCCUUGGCUUGUGACUUAUUCCUGCCAUUCCCAUUCCUAGUGGUCACAGACUGUUUACUCUGGGCUCCCGGAUCCCCGCCCCCACAGGUGGUCAGUGGCUGAUGUCCAAAAGCAAAUGGCCAGGUGUGGUUUGGCUGACCCUGACGCGACCUUGGCUCUAGCAAGUGUCGGUCCACAGGGAGCUUGGGCCCCUGCACCAGCGCCUUGUAGCUGCAGUAGAAGGUUCUAGAAUGACCUCCCCCAUCCAGAGCCCGUGUUGACGAUUAUCAGCCCAGAGCGACUCAA